AUGAGACACGCGAUUCUCACCUCGAUCUCCUCGUUCCUCCUCGCAGUGGCAUUAGCAUUUUUGAUUUUGUCCAACGUGUCUACGCCCGUGUCGUCGGGAUUACAUUUGGCCGCUUCCCUGUCGUAUACAUACGGCAUUUUUGGAUAUUGCGACGGCGAUCUGUGUCCUUCGGCAGCCUACCCGGUACUGUUUGGCGAUGUCGACACCGACUCGUCGUGGUUUUUCGGCUCCGCUACCCGAAACACGUUGUCCAAGACGUUUAUCGUUGCGCCCAUUGCCGCGGGUUUCACAUUCCUAGCGUUUGUGUUCACAUUCCUUUCGUUGUUCGUGCAUGCAAGCGCCCUCAAAAUCCUCUCCCUCGUGUUUUCAGUGGUAGCGCUUGUAUCCUCGGCACUUAUUGCAGUGAUGGCAGUGCUUGUAUUCCACCCUCAUGUCGAGUGGGUUGGAUGGCUUCUCGUUGCCGCUGCCGGGUGUUGUUUGGUGGCAGCACCGCUUCUUUUCCUUUCCAUCGGCGUACGUGAAGACCACGACGCCGAUUCCGACGUGGACCAGUAUGCGGGCCAUACUUUUGGCGACAUCUCCAACAUGGACCCCCCUGGCAGGUAUUCUGCGGGCUCUUUGAACGACAUAAAGGAAAACUCAUACGGCUAUGCGGUGGAUCCUCUGGGAAGCUCCAAGGAAUUCAGCUACCGUGGCCCCAACACGAAUGAGUAUCCGGCCGACCGGACCGACUCGCUGAACAAGAGCUUGUUGGAGGCAUUGCCCAAAACUGCCAAUGAUGUCACCAAGCCACGCCCCUAUAUGGCCAACGGGCCGGGCGCCAGCAUCAACUCUUUCCAGAACAACGCCCACUUGGGCACGAACGCCCAGGGGCCCGGCUCGAGUGCCAAUUCGCUCCAGCAAAACGCCUACUCCAGCUUGAACAUCCAAAGCGGGCCCAGCACGCCCAUCGCCUCAAAGAGGCAAUUGGCGCCAAAUGUCGUGCCGAGCGAGGGCAUGACCUACAACAUCGAGCAGCCCGGCGUAAUGCCGCCGUACCCCCAGAAAGACCAUGCGCCUUCGAUAUACAGCCUGCACAACUACGGAGUGUUUGACCAUCACCCCACUGUCGAGGGCCACCGGCCAUUCACAGAGGCACAGGAUGUGGACGAAGCUGCAGAGCGGGCCUCUGUCACACUGGAGAUCCACGCGGACUCGGACAAUGAGUCGGACUUCACGAGUGUUUCGCAAAGACCGCCGAACGAAAGCUAUGUGGUGCCGCGGGUCUCACCCCAACGCAUGCAGCAGCAAAGCUACCAACAAGGCAUGCCGCCACAGGCGUUCCAAGUUCCACAGGGCCAGCUUCCUGCGAGGCCGCAGAAUCAAUAUGCCAGCCAUGUGCCGCCCCAGCCGGGCCCAGGCCAAAGUUACGCGCCGCGAGCGCAAGGCCCAGGGUAUGGGCAGCCGGGCCAAAGCUACGCGCAGCCGGGCCAAAACUUUGGGCAGCCGCAGAUGCAAGCCGCGGCACCGCGCCCGGUGACCCGGGCCACGAUUUCCGACAAUGCUUUGAGCAAUAACCCCGAUUUUGCUAUUGGGUUUUCCGGCCGGAAGAAGCAGGUUGGGCGGCCAGGAUACGGUGCGCCGAGACCCGGAGCGGCGUUCACGCCGAGAACAGGCCAGCGGGACGGGCCUUACGGAAACAUCUAG